AUGCAGGACAUUGGAACCAUGGACGAUACGCUACCGUACACCGCAUACGACACACUGCAGGCUAGUUUUAUGAUUGUAGGCAUUCUCAUCAUGGUGGUGAUCAUCCUGCCGUGGGUGCUGCUGGCCAUUGCGCCGUUAGUGGUCAUGUUUGUCUUGUUGCGUCGUUAUUUCUUGCCCGCAAGCAGAGAUAUCAAACGACUGGAGGGUAUUGCCAGGUCACCCAUAUACUCGAACUUCUCAUCUGUACUACAAGGGCUCUCCAUCAUCCGGUCCUUUGGUGCCGGUGAGCAGAAGCUGAAAGACUUCUACGCGCAGCUCAACAUGCACUCGCGCAUGUGGUUCUGCUUUCUGGCAACGCAGCGGUGGCUCGGGUUUCGACUGGAUUUCCUGUGCUGUGUACUUAUAACUGUGGCGGGGUAUGCCUGUAUUCCACUGCGCGAUACCUUGGGCUCGGGUAUAGUAGGGCUGAUGCUGUCGUAUGUGCUACAGCUACAGGGCGUCUUUCAGUGGGCCGUACGUCAAAGGUAUGCUCGAGCGAUCGCUGUGUAG